CUGUGACUGUGGGGAAAGAUGAGCUGCAUCGCCAUGGAGGAGUUUGAACUCAUGAAGGACUCCAAAUACCGGAUGUUCACUGGGGCUGUGGACAAGGCACUGAAAAACUUUGAGUACACAUCAGAGUGGGCAGACUUGAUUUCAGCACUUGGCAAGCUUAAUAAGGUUCUCUCCAGCUACCAGAAAUACCAAAUUAUACCCAGGAGGAUUAAAAUCAGCAAGAGGUUGGCACAAUGCAUGCACCCAGCUCUGCCCUCCGGUGUUCACCUAAAAGCCCUAGAGACGUACGACAUUAUAUUCAAGUGCAUGGGCACAAAUCGCCUAUCCCAAGAGCUCUUCAUAUACAGUGCAGGAUUAUUUCCACUCUUGGGACAUGCUGCCAUGAACAUCCGUCCAACGUUACUGACGGUAUACGAGACUCACUUUGUGCCUUUGCGAGAGCGCCUUCGACCAGCACUGAGCGGUUUCUUAAGCGGAAUCCUUCCAGGUCUGGAGUUGGGCUCAGAUCAUUACGAUCGCACCUACGCUCUUUUGGAUAACGUAUGCGAUGGCGUCGGCGUCUCUUGGUUCUACACGUGCAUGUGGCAAUGCGUCCGCAGUAACAGUCCCGUCCGUCUUCCGGCCAUCAGUUACGUUUUAGCACAUUAUAGCCGGAAGCUGCCCAUGGAGGAUCAACUCCAUCUGAUGGGCAAUGACAUCGACGUCAUGGUGUCCGGUCUCUGCGCGGCCGUUCAAGAUUCCAGCGUGCUGGUGCAGAGAUCCGCUUUGGAUCUGCUGAUGGUUUGUUUCCCAAUGCAAAACACCCAGCUUCUUUAUGCAGACAUGGUGAGAUUGGUUACUGCCGCACUUACCACCAUUCUUCGACGAGAUAUGUCUCUGAAUCGUCGCUUAUACGCUUGGCUUUUAAAUUCCGAAGUCAAAUCGAAUCAAAUGCAGAUGGAUCAAUUGCUGGAGGAGUACGGGCCCGUUGUCGAAGAGAACCCGAAUAGCCCAACUAUAGCUUACGAUCUUCUAACCGAGGCGAUACGAAUUACACUGAAGCAAAGCAGUGCCGACACCAAUCUUGAUAUAAGGCCUUACAGGCUGUUAACGUCGCUCUUCGACAAGCGUCGAAUUGGCACUGUGAUUCUCGACAAUAUCCUGUACGAUGUGUUCAGAGCUUUGUACUUCACCUGCUUGAACCAGCAGAAGCACAAGAAUAGCUCAGCGAGAUGCGUCAGCUUUAACGGCGACCUGACAAGUCUGAAGAACGAGGAGAACGUCUUAACCAAAGACUUCCUCACAAAAUAUUGCCAAGACCUAAUUAAAAACGCCAAUAUGCUGUUCAACAUACUGCAAUCACAUUAUAUUUGGUCGUAUAUCGAAAAGCUAUACGAGAAAUCUAUUGGCAACUCCAAAACGACCAUGAGGGAUAGAUACCAAGUGAACGAAAUCGGAUCAGGCGAACCAAGCCUACUCGAAAUUUGCAUUUUAACCGAAUUCCUAUUGGACAUAAUCCCUAUCGAAACGUACGUGAAGAGCACAUUGGAUAUAUUACCUAAUCUCUUCAAGAAGAUUGUUAAUGUUUUGCGAAAGAAUAUUUCCACACUUAAUAGGUUCGAGGUGACACAUAGUCUGCAGCUUUCAAAAAAAAUCCUGCUGAGGAUCCAGCCAGUAACUGUUAAACACGUCGAUUCGAUUCAUUGCAGCGAAGAAAAGGCUAUCAACAAGUUGGUGGAUUCAGGCGAAAAAGAGGUGGACGAAGAAGUCGAUUCAGUGGAAAUCAAGCUUGGCGUGGAGAAGAGCAAGUCCGAUUCUAAAAUCAACGAGAAACUAAAUAAGAAUGAGCUUACUAUCGAGGACAUCAGCAGGGAGAGAUCGAACAGCAAUCAGAUGAUUGUCAAGAAGAAAGAUAAGAAGGACAGUCCGAAGAUCGACAAGAAGAGUAAAAACAAAAAGUCUAAAUCCAGUUCUAAGCUUUACGAUUUGAAGCGGGAGGAUGAGGAUGUUGAUUCCGUUUGCAACGUUUCACCAGUAAAGGUUGAAACCGAAGUGGUUCAAGAGAAGGUCGAGGCCACUUGUAGUAGUAAUGGGAUGCGUAUAGAGAAUAAACACAUAUUGAGUUGCCUCAGAAUUUACAAGCAAUUUUAUGUGUCACUAGUUGAGUCGCGAAUUAUACCGGACGUGAACAUUGAGAAGUUCUUCAAUUCGCUCGUUCACGACAAGGAGGUGCGCAUUAAGAAACUGGAAAGUCUUUUAGAAUCCUGCUUGCUCGGUGAUAAUGCAUGUCGUCGCACAUCCGAUCACGAAUCUUCCAAAGUAGCCGAUACAAGCGCAAUCGUAUCUUCCCAUGGAUUCGAUGACGCCAUGUCAGUGGCAUCCGACCUGCUCGUGGAAUUCGCCGCAUUUCCAAAUAUUCUCCACGAGGAGCAUGACAAAGAGAUGCCUUACUGGUUGAAGGUUCUCAUCAUAGCCUGCUGUUCACCAAGAUCCAACUGCGACGUGCAGAUUACUGCCAUGAACACGUUGAUGGAGAUCAUGAGUCUAGCAAAGAGCCAAGACUUCAAGCCAGGUUCAAAAUCGAAUAAUAACGUGGUGGUUAUGGGAAUUUUGGAUAAUGCGUAUGUCGAUUUCAUCGAAAACUCUACAGUUGUAUUAGAGGCAAUUUGUCAAAUACUAUGGGAUUUAUUGGGGGUGUUAAGCAAUCAAUCGCAAAUUACGCUAUGCGUCUCUUUGCUAUACAACAUACACAACGUGUUCGAGAAUAAGCAGUUUGUGGAGCAGAUUGUGGGAAAGUAUUUGAUCGACGAGAACGUGAGCACAGAUUAUUUUAAGCGGUUCUAUCUGCUGUGGAAUUUGGGAAGAGAUCUGAACGUGAAGCAGAUGAUCAACAGGAGCACUCGCAAUUUCGAUAGAAGUCUGUUGAAAAUCCUCGACAACCUCAACAAUACCGAACGAAGCAAUCUUCGACUUCUUGCUGAAACAUUCGUGACCCACAGUUUGCUGAGGCACGAUAUUGCGCGCAUAGUCAAUCCAAUAUUGUCGAUGCUCUUGGUGCCAAGCACUGCUAGAAUAUCCAUCCGGCAUGUGCAUAUUCAAGACGGAGACGCCAACGCCGACUUAUCCAAUGCGGAUUCCAGAAAACUGGAUGAUGCCAAGGCCAAGAAGAUAUACGCCAUCAGCAAUGUGAAUGGUAAUGUGAUGUUUCAUAUCACCGACGAUCCGAGUCCGAAACCGCCAAAGAAGCGGUGGUUCCUCUUCUCUAAGGCUGGUAAGAAGUAUACCCAAGCUGUGAAUAUGACGACGAGCUUAGCGGAAAACUUGAACAUUGUCACUAAAAUGACGAAAGACUUUAAGACGGAGUCCGCGCCGCCGAAUGUAGAACGCACAUCGAAGAACAACGUUAAGCUGUUCGUGAAUCCGCUCAGCUCCAAAGAGAUAUACCCUACAGGUGCGGAAGGAUGUUACACCAAGAUCGAUCCGCAUCAGCAGUCGCAGAGGUCUUCCAACGAGAGUCUCUCCGAUAUUGCAUAUGCGAGUUUGGGCAACGGCGCCGAUUCCGGAUUCGAAUCUCAACCUGCAAGCCAAGCACGUUCUUCACUGUCCAACGAGUCCGGCAAAACCAGAGCCAGUUUCCUGCUGGAACGAAUCGAGCCGAUCUCCGAAGGAAUACGAGAUGCAACUGCAGCAAAACCUAUACCGAAAUCUAGAAGCUUCGAUGAGAAAUCGACGAGUAAUGUGGAAGUCGAGAACAAUCUGUCCUUGGUUCACAGUUGGUCCUAUUCGAUGUCGGACGGCGAUAACUUGAACGCUGAGCUGGAACUGAGCACUGCGGCUGAAGAGUAUUUCAAGGAUCCGCAUGUGGGUAUUGCCGCCGAGGUAAUUAACGAAUUAUUGGAUAGAGUUUGCGGUAAAGAGGAGGUGAAACCGAAGAUCGUUGAGAGCGUAGCGAAGAAUUUCACGCUGUAUCCAAUGCAUUACCACAUAUGCUUGUACUAUGAAGUCUUCGAUUCCGAUCGCAUACUGUACUCGCUGAGAACCCUGAGGAAUUGUCUUCGUUCAAAUCCUCUGUUGUUUAUUAGGUGUUUGGCCACAGCUGGACUGAAAGAUCUACGAGGAAAUGAACUUUUGCACUUGAUGGCCAGACACAGGAAGAGCAUUUUGGGAAGCGGUUUCUGUGGUGAAUUGAGCCCUGAAUUAGUGAAUACGUAUAGAGGUUACACAUUCCUGGACGUGAUUAUCACCAUUUGCCUGAACUUUGCCAGAACUUAUUAUCCGAGCCUGGACGAUAACAAGUUAACUAAGGAGGAAAUUGAGAAUAAUCUUCAAAUCCAAUUGAAUAGCUUAGAGAUACUCAAUUGCAUUGUGAAGCAUUUGAAUAAUCUUGUGGACGAGAAUUUCAAGGGUUUUUCUGGAUACAUUGCCGAUAUGCUGAUGAAAUGCAAUUUGCAGAAGAUUCUGCUGCAUUGUUUGUUAACGUCGGUAAAGAAUUUCGAUGAGGAUAUGACUUUCUCCGAUGAGGUGUUGCUGUACAACAAUUUUAAGUUGUACGAUAACAACAAGCGCGUUUCCGAGCACGUCGAAGCUUACCAGAUCAAUCUGCUCCGUCUGAUUCACUCGCUUAUUAUAUUGGAGAACAAGCUGUUCAAGCAGCAGAAGGAUGUCAAUCCCAGCAGUCCGACGUCGGGCGUUGGAACUUCGAUGAUCAGUGGAGAACAUUUGACCUAUGCACCAACUAUUCUCAUUCCUCAGCAGAGUAUGUUCCUGUCUGCAAUUCUCAGCGCUCUUCGACAUCAGAACAUGAAAUCUCUGCACCAGAAUUGGUGCAACAUGGUCACUUCCUGUCUGCCGUACUUUGGAGAUAAUUUGAAGGAUAUUUCUAUGUCGGUGGUACAUCAGAUCUGCUUCAAUUUGGAGAAGUUGGCGGAUGCAUACAAGGCAAAAGAUUUGGGCGGAGAAUUGUGCGCAGAUUAUGCGACAACACAGUUGGAAUCACUGACGAUCCUCGUUCACUAUUGUCUAUUGGAUUCGACGCAAACCGCCAAUCAGAACUUGCCUGUAAACUCUACCCAGAACACUAACAACACCAGCGAAAUCUUGAAUAACUUAGUAAGCGCCUUCUUCUCGCCCAACGGCGACCUCUCCAAGAAUAACGAUAACUACCUGAAUGCACGCAAAUGCAUCUUGAGUCACAUGCCCAAGAUAAUAUCGAGCGUCGCAAAACUCUGGCAAACCAUAGUGGGUAUAGAAGGGGAUUACUGUGGUAUAUUUGGUCAUUCGAAGGUUGUUAAACAGCAAUUGCUGGAAUUUCUUAGUCCAAUAGCAGUGCAUCAUAGCUCCAGUUUCUUGGCUGCUGUUGCGGUCGCAUGGCACGAAAGGCGAAACCCAUUCACCAACGUUAAGACGGUCCUACCCGAACCCAACGCUAGUCAAAAUAAUUUGGUCAUCUUAAUACUGGCGAUACGUGUUAUACCGCUUGACAAUUUGGUGCAAACUGUGACGGCGGUGAUCAAAAAUCCUCCGCCCAUCCAGGGUUUAACCGCCGACAUUUGCCUGGAUGUUUCAGUCUUGGAAUUGUUUUACUGUUACAUGAGGAAUGCGUCAGCAACUCAAUUAUCGGAAGCUUGGAGUUCGCUUUUGGCUCUUGUGAGAGAAGGUUGCUCGUUAACACCACCAGCUCAGUUCUUAUUGGCUGCUUUGCUUCACGAGCUAAUGAUUAAGUGUUGUCCAUUGGAGGAGCGUAAAGAUCAAAAGGAUUUGCAGGACGUAACUGCUAAGUUGAUAGAGUGCGUUUCGCAAGUUUGCGGUUCUUGCUUGGAGCAGACGACGUGGCUGCGGCGGAAUCUGGCAGUCAAAGAGCAGGACGAAGAGAGUAUAUCUUCGAUCAGUGUUGUGAGCUGCUCCAAUUCCGAUAUACUGACCGGCAUUAAUAACAGCUACAGUGUUCAGGCGCAGCUGGUUCUUUCGGAGAUUCUUGCCCAAAUCUUGGAUAUUUGCUUCGGAUCAGUGGAGAAGGAUAAAGUGAACACUAUACUUACUUCGUUAAUGUGCAACAUCGUUCCCUACCUACGCACGCACACCUACAGGAACAUGCACAGCUUUGUCGCUUGCUCGAAGCUGAUGGCUAGCUUGAGCAGUUAUCAAUAUACGAGGAAGGCGUGGAAAAAAGACGUAUUUGAUUUGCUGCUAGAUAAUACUCUGUUUCAAAUGGAUUACUCGUGUCUGAAGUAUUGGAAGAUCAUAAUCGACAAUCUGAUGACGCAUGACAAUACCACGUUCAGGGACCUAAUGAGCAGAGUGUCGAUGGCGCAAACCGGAGGAUUGAAUCUUUUUACCACGCGUGAACAAGAGUACGAGCAAAGAGCACAACUGUUGAAGCGAUUGGCUUUCGUAAUCUUCUGCAGCGAGACGGAUCAAUAUGCCAAGUACAUGCCUGAUAUACAAGAGCAAUUGACAACGAGCUUGCGUUUGAGCGUGCCUGGGGUUCAAGCCCAGGUCUUCAUGUGCUUCCGAGUAUUGCUUAUACGCAUGUCACCGAUUAACAUGACUUCCCUUUGGCCCAUCAUCAUCAGCGAAAUGCUUCAGGUAUUCAUACAGAUCGAACAGGAACUGUCCACCGAAACGGAAGAGUUUAGGAACAACUCAAGUUCCCAUAUACGUUUGAUGGUUGCCCUUGAUGCAAGCUGGACUCUGAACAGCAACAACGGACUCCACGCCCUCGGACAUCCCCAUUGGCGAUCCCUGCAGUUGGCCACAGCGAAGCUUCUGGAUCUGGCUUUGCUUCUUCCGGCCACUUCUUUGCCUCAGUUCCAAAUGUAUCGGUGGGCAUUCGUAGGUGAUGAUUUGCCCCAUGCCCAAAGUUCCUACAAUAUGCUGGAGAUGACCUCUUUUACGCCGCACGUGUGCCGAAUUGCUAGUCUCAUGGAUCAGAGGUACAGCGAGACGCAAAUCGAGACACUACCGACGAAGCAGAACGAACUGCUGCUAACCAUGAACUCCAUAGAGCAUCUGAAGGAUCUGCACGGUUUCUUCAAGACUCUAAGCCUGUGCUCGAACAGACACAGGACCGAAUGCAACGGCUCCGUGAGCAACGACUUCUUCACCCCCGAUAAGCCUACGGAUAGAAAAACUCUUGCAAUACUAGAGAAGCUGGAUCGCAUUGUGGAGAUGGAUUUUCUGGACAAAAUUACGCGGUAAUUAAGUUCCGCUUUAUUAUCCACUACUUUUAACAGACCGUCGCGUGUACGAAUAGGCUUACGUAGAAGUUAAGUCCAAAGAAUAUUAUUUUCAGUAUUAUUUAUUGAAAAGAAGAUAUAAAAAAAUAUAAGAAAGAACAGAAGCAACGACAACAGUUGAAUACUAUAUUUUUAUUGUUACAAUCUCGUUUUA